AAGUCAUAUGGAAGUCACGUGACAUGGAUUUCUGUCAAAAUGGCGUCGCCUAUGAUUCAAAAUGUUUUGUUUUGGUUUGUGUUUUGUUUUUCAGCUGUAGUUUCGAUGCCGUACAAUGGCAUGGACCUGUAUUCCGAUGAUUACAAACUACCGGACCUCCCAUACCCUUACAACAGUUUAGAACCACUAAUUGACGAGGCAACGGUGCGCGUACACCACUCUGGGCAUCACGCAGCGUACACGAAGAAAAUGAAUGCUGCUCUCAGGCAGUGGCGGGUUGACCCAGAUACAGACCAAACUGGACUUAGUUCUAAGUCAAUCCUAGAUAUUCUGACUAAAAUCAGCGAGGUUCCUGACAUGUACAGAAAUGCCAUCAGAAACAAUGGAGGAGGGUUUGUGAACCAUAACCUGUAUUGGUCUGUAAUGGCGCCAAACCCUGAUGGCAAGGAACGCCUACCAGAGUCGGAUCUUCACAACGAUAUACAAGCUGAUUUCGGCAACUACACUGCUUUCAAACAACACUUCACAAGAGAAGCAGCAAAACUGUUUGGCUCAGGUUAUGUGUGGUUGUCACGUCAGCCAAGAGAUGGAAGUUUACUGGUGUCUACUACAGCCAAUCAGGACUCUCCAUUAUCCCAGGGACUCCUCCCAAUCCUGGUUCUGGAUGUGUGGGAGCAUGCUUAUUACUUGAAACAUCAGAACAGACGCACUGACCACGUGUCAGACUGGUGGACACUAGUUGACUGGGAAGUAGUAGCAGAAAUAGAUGCUUGGUGGCAGAAAUCUGUCCAUGAUGAACUCUGAUAGAGGACAUUUAAACCUGAUUCAAACUUGCUGAGUCAUUGUGUGAACUAACUCUACUUAGUCAGUACUAAUGACAUUGCUUCAUCUAGCUUAUAAUACAUGUUUUAUUCAAGGUUUUUGCAGUAAUCUGAGUAAACGUAAGUGCAGUGGUGAGUUUAAACUUGAUACCUGAAAUUCACGUGUUUAUUCAGUAAUUAACUGUAGCUGAUUCUUGUUCAGGUGUGCUUGGGGUUUCCUAUGUAUGUAUAUAUUGGAUCAUGAUCUCUUUUCCUUCUGCAUCACAACAGAGUGUGUUGGAAUCGGAAUGUGCACAGCUGCCCACCCAUACAUCCAUUUGAUCAAAACCCAUUACAUGGAUAAAAUGAAAUUUGUUUGAUGUUGCUCUUAAAUCUUUUAGAAGAGUUUUCCUGAAUUAUUGACUAUCCAGUUUAUGUCUAUUAUUUGAUAAAAUCCUGUUUCGAAAUUAGGGAUAGAACUUUGUUGGUUUUACAUGAUUGACAAUCUAGAUUGUACAGGUGUAACGUUCGGGGAGGGAUAUAAGAAUAACGUCUUUCAGUACAGAUGUUGCAAAUAAAUGUACAAAUUGUGAAAACCAUAUUAUAUUCCCAGAGAGAAGAAACAUUUGAUUGCUCAAUAAAACAUAAACAAUCCAA